GCUGUUCAGCAAGGAAAUAGUGAGGAAUACGACUGUGCUUUAGUAGGCAUUCGGUGAGCAGAAGCAUAAUGGAAAAUUCAAGUCAGUUGGUAACAAAGGCACGGACUAGUCUUUCAGCAGCAUUGAAGCUGAGAUACAAUCAGCAAAACACAACGCGUGUCCUUUCUAUAAUAUAACCCUGACAGGAACAGAGGUACUGUGUGCGGACUUUUCUAGCCUGAGGCAUCCAUCCCCUUUAUCCUGAGCUGAGGCGGACCUGACCCCGCCCUGUCUGCCGGCUCCUCCCGCCGCCGUCUCUCCCCCCUUUCUCUCAGUGCGUGAAGAUGGCGCCGAUCGAGGCUAGCAAGUCCCGGAGACGAGCCGCUUACCUCCCGGCAUCGACUCCGCCGCAAAGCAAAUGUGCAGGCGCCGGGCAGGGAGAUCAGCAGCGGAGGCGGCGGGGGGCAGCUGGAGAGGGCGAGGAGGAUGAGGAAGAAAACAACUUGUGGUCCUCCAUCCUGAGCGAAGUGUCCACCCGCUCUCGCUCCAAGCUGCCGGCCGGGAAAGCCGUGCUGGUGACGGGUGAGUCAUACUUCCCAUUUCUUGUUCCAUUUACAGUAGUGAGACAGUUUCAAGAAUACGAAGAGCCAGAUAAAGAAACACCAGUAUCUCCACAGAGAAGAAGUAUGGUUUCACAAGAAACAAAUGAAGAAAGUGUGGUCUUGCCUCUGGGCACGAAUACCCUUACACAUAAUCUUGGCAUUCCAGUACUAGUAGUUUGCACCAAGUGUGAUGCAAUUAGUCUACUGGAAAAGGAACAUGAUUACAGAGAUGAACACUUCGAUUUCAUUCAGUCACACAUUCGAAGAUUUUGCCUACAGUAUGGUGCUGCACUUAUUUAUACUUCAAUAAAGGAAAAUAAAAAUAUUGAUUUAAUGUAUAAGUAUCUUGUCCAUAAGUUAUAUGGAUUUCCGUUCCAUUCACCGGUGCUGGUUGUAGAAAAGGAUGCAGUAUUUAUUCCUGCAGGAUGGGACAAUGAAAAGAAAAUAGGAAUUUUGCAUGAAAACUUCCAGUCAUUAAAAGCUGAUGACAAAUUUGAAGAUGGCAUUAUGAAGCCUCCAGUAAGAAAGUUUGUACAUGAAAAAGAAAUCUUAUCAGAAGAUGAUCAAGUUUUUCUUAUGAAACAACAGUCUUUCUUAGCAAAACAACCACCUCUUUCAACUGGAAGACCAUUGGACUCGUCAACAAGAGUUGCAGGAGGUUCACCAAGAACACCAAGCCGAUCUGGAAGUGCCAAUGUUGUGAAUGUAACUCCUAUUCCGUCAGGAAACAAAAAAAUUGAUCCUAAUAUAAAAGGAGCUGCAAGUGAAGGUGUUCUGGCAAAUUUCUUCAACAGUCUUCUGAGCAAAAAGACCGUCUCUCCUGGAGGAGGUCCAAGUAAUUUACAGGGUUCUGUAAAGAAAGGUGGUCAUAAACCCGUGUUAACAGAUGUACAGGCAGAACUGGACAGAAUUGCACGCAAGCCAGAAGCUGUAUCUCCAACCCAUACAUCCAUAGCAGAAGACAAAGCAUCCUGAAGAAAAGCUACCCGUGUGACUUUUAUACCGUAUUGUUGGCUUUGCCUUUCCUUUUUCCUUCAGAACAUGUGCUGAGGAUCACGGGCUGUUUUUGAAGUAUACUGGACUACCACGUUCGAUGAGUUGUUCGUUGUAUGUGCAGAAACUGUAUUGAGAGGGAGUUUGCUGCAAAAAUGAUUCUAUUGAUGUGUUUUCUGAGAGGAAAAUAAUGAGAUGAACUUGAUUAUUGGACUUUGCAUCUCUUUGUUCAAAUAAUGCUAAUUUGCAGCCAGUUUGGGCAAGUUAUUUAUAUUUCCCAGGUGUUCAAUAGGGAAAUGUCAGAUUCAAAUCGUAACUAUGGUGCCUAGAACACACUGUAUCUAAUUGUUUUGCUGGCUGCGGAGGCAUAGCAGGAAUCCAGGCUAUUAAAAUCAACUUUUCACAAACUUGCAUCCCAACAGUACUGCCUCAAAUAUGAAUUGCUGGUGGCCAAACUUAAAAUGUGUGCUGAACAGAAGUACUCUUUAAAAAGCCUGAACAAUAUGGUGAGAUGCCAGAUUUUUGUAUAGUAGCCGGUUACUUGUAAACUGCAGUAUUGAAAUUGAAGAAAGGGGGCAGUGGUCAGUCACCCAAGAAAUGUACAAUACAUCAACUUGAACUCUUUGUCCUUUGUUCUGGUUGUUAUAUGGUACUACCCUCACUAAUUUCUGUCUGGUUUCUGUAUUGUGCUGUUUCUAAUUACAGAAAGAUGUAAGGAUUGUAAUCCUUCAAUAAAGUUGUAUUUAUUCUCUUCAGCAGA